AUGGACUUCCUACCGCUAAACCCGUUGACCAUGUCUGUCAGCGGACUGGGCAUGAUCAUCUGGGCUGGCUGUCGUCAUUUUGCGUUGCACAAGAAGAUCACUUCGAAGCAGUACGUUCCUCUCGUGUCACUCGCUCCAUCGUGGACCGGUUCGCCAUCGUGGACUGGGGCAUUCGCCCCUCAUCGUCUCGCCAAAGUGCUCGGCGAACUCGAGCCUUAGGCCGUAGCGAUCGGUUCGAUGCCAUCACGCGCAAUUGGUCGCUAGACUUUUGAUCGACGGAUGACCGAUUAAACGUGUCACGCAAAAAUUUCAGAAACUGACCUUCAAUUGAGCGAUCGUGCAGAUCAGCUCGGGGCUCGUUCCUCUUUGACGAAGCGUUCAGUGUCAUGAAGUACUUUGUAAGCGCUCUCCUCUCCAUCUUUUAGUCACGCCGCGGUGACACGUGACUUCUACGCGUCGGACAUGCGGGGCGAAAAGAGGCUUUCGAGGCGCGGCCAAUGAAUAGCGGAGCGCUUUCGUUUGCCGAGACGGAGUACUAACUGACCACAGUACUUGUCUACACAAAACACGCAGUUCGUCAAGGCGACCGAGCACACUGUGGAGGAAGCACAAGCCUUCGGCAACAAUUUCAUUCCGGCACCUUGGUGGGUGCGCGUCGUCAGGGUGUUGAUCCCUCUCGAUACCCGACUCGAAGCGAAUCGCAUCCUCAUCGACACCUUGGGCGAGGACGACAUUCAGAACGUCGCGGGAGGCAAGGAGUGGUGGCAACGGUGUCCUAACCCCGACGGCGCGCUCAACGGCGAAUGGAUCUCGAUGAAGAAGGAUUGGCACGGCCUCGAUGCGAACGAGGUCGACGACGAUGAUCUGGAGCAAAUUAAACGUGAAAAGGUUGAGGCGAUGAAGCGCAAGUCGCAAGAUGAUCACAAACGCCGAUACAAACUCGGCCGUGAACGGGAAGAACGAAGAGCCAAGGGCGAAGACGUCGCUUACGAGGGCGACGAGGAAGGUUCGGCGUACGAACACGACCUCGACGAAAUGCGGUGCAUCCUUUACAUCCAUGGUGGCGCCUACUUUUUUGGUAGUCCCAACACGCAUCGUUUUAGUAUCUGGAGGUAUGCCCGCAAGAUUGGGGGCCGAGCUUUUGCGCUGCAGUAUCGCCUCAGUCCGCAGUUCCCCUUCCCCUGCGCUCUCGCCGAUGCGCUGGCGUCUUACAUUUAUCUCAUUCGGCCGCCUAUUGGAGCCAAGCACAAACCCGUCGAUCCUAAAAAGCUCGUUAUCGCUGGUGAUAGUGCAGGGGGUGGGCUGACGCUUGCCCUUUCUUGCUUGAUCCGAGAUGCCGGCCUGCCGGCACCUGCUGGAAGUGAGUGCGCCGUGACUGUUCAAUCACGUCCGAGCAACGGGGCCUGACACGUUCUUGUCGCACAGUCGUCUUGAUCUCGCCAUGGUGUGAUCUCACUCAUUCUUUCCCUUCGAUUUUGCAAAAUACCGAGACCGACGUCAUCCCCGCCUUCGGCUUGGGCCUCUUCAAGCCGUCGAUGCUCUGGCCACCCCCUCCUGCCGAAUGGCAAGAACGGGCAGACCGCUCAACAUCGAUCAAAGGGCUCAAACAUGCCGCAGAGACGUUCGAACAAGAACGUAGGGCGACCAAGAAGACGAGCAUGUUCUUCAAUGGAUCGAGCAGAGCUGAUCGCAAAGGAGAGCAACUUUUGGAAGAGGUCGAAAAGUUCCCGGAAGAUUAUCAGCGCGCCGAACAGACGGAGACGGGCAAGGACGGCGCACCGGACGGGUCGGGAGGGUCGGCACAGGCCAACGGCGAGUCCAAAGCCGAAGUUGGAAAAGUGCUCAAGCUCAAAAUCGAUGGCGAGGAAGUCGAAGUCCGAGAUCAGAUUCAGCUGUACGCCACGAACGACCAGCUCGUCUAUCCUUUCGUUUCACCCAUUUGGCAACCAAGUCUUGGCGGUCUUCCUUCGAUGUAUAUCAUGUGUGGUGACAGGGAAGUGUUGAGGGAUGAGAUCGUAUACGUCAGUCACUUCGUUCCUCUUGAACAGCUCCAUCUUGUGCCUAGUCUGGCCAACCGAUCUGUACUCGCCCCGCAGAUGGCCCACCGAGCUGCACAUCCCGACCGAUACCCAAUACGUCAAGCCCUCCUCGACGCCAACCCCGAACGGACGAAGCGUCACGCCGAAUACCCUCCGACCAAGGUCCACUUGCAGAUCUACGAUGGUAUGUGCCACGGUGAGUACCAACCACGAUUGUUCAGCGACGAUUGUUCAGCCACGCUGUGUGCUGACCCUCUUGUUCCACGCGAAACCAGACCUCCCACUGUUCGCCUUCACGACCCCUGCCAAAUACUGCUACCGGGCCAUCAGCUCUUUUGUCAAAUUCGUCACCGCUGACGAGAACGAGAGCGAUGUCGACGGUGAGGUGCUGGCCUCGCCCGUUUCCAACACGGGCAUGCAGCUGCCCCUCGAGAUUUCGACUGCGCACGAGGAUGCUCAGUUGCAUCAUGAGCGCGCCGCCGAGAUGGCGCCUCCGACUCCUGUUAGCUCCGAACCUCAAGAUGCCAAUAAUUUGACUCAAUCCACAUCUCAGAUGCACAUCGAUACGUCCGUGCCAACGGAGAAGACCGCUCACAACGGGGAGGUCAAGAGGAAGCGCAGCGCCUUCUCGAUCGCCAUGAAUACAUAUUUAGUCGAGCGAGCCAACGGCGACAGUCCAACAGGCCAUUCCGACCUCUCGCUCGGUCGACAUUAUACCAACUUGGAGAAGACGAUCUAUGCCUCGACGCAACCGUUCCAUCGACCCGACUAUGUCGAUAACAUGGUGCGCGAGAGGGUUUCGUUGACGGGUGUGGUGAGGCCCAUGGAGCCGGAGCAGGAGGUGGAGGUGCUCAAGAUCCCGAAGGAUGAUUUGGGGUUGGUCAAGGAGGGACCGGUGAAGCGGUAUCUGGCCGGAAGUGAGUGCCUUGUUUUUUUCGUUCGGAAUGAUUUGAUGACGAAGACUGACUGAUCCUUCGCGCUUGUUAUAAUCAGAGGCCAAAUGGGACAAAAAGUUUAAGAAGACCUACGAGCAUAUCAUGCGUAAAAGAGAACGUGAGUCUCGAGUCUCGAUAACUACUGACCGGGCUUCACAUCAUCAAGCUGAGCUGACAGAUUCUUGAAUGAUCCGGUCACUCUAGAGCAACUGAAGAAAUCGAUGCGAGAGGAAGCCGAACGUAUUUCGGCGCAACUCAAGCAACGCACAUUGAACAAGAAGAACAGCUCCAAGACGCCUUUACAUCAAGGGUCGCCUUUGAUACCCCCGUCUUCAGACGACGCCGAUUUUCCACUCCGGAGAACGGACUCCCCCGAACCAAUAGAGGAUGCCGACGAGGGAGAGAGGGACGAGCAUAUCCAUCUUGGUAUCUGGGCUUUGCCGGGUGAGCGACCACCACCGUCUUCGAUUGCGGCGAGGAAGGAUACCAAGGAAGCGAGGAGGUUGGCGAGGGUUUUGGAUGAGCGGUAUUCGAAGUUGAGCGCGCUUAACGUGUGGACUGAGGUCAGUACGACGGCUCGAAUCAAAUGGUGGGAUAUCCUUACCGAUCAAAUUCAUGUUGGCUCAGGUCCAUCGAAUGGCGAACAAAGCCGCGGAACCGCCAGGUGAAGAUCUCGGGGCUCAUCAUCCUAGAGCAACUGCAUAA